AUGAAAAAUAGCGCGAAGAAAUUUGUGAGGUCAGAUAACAGCUGGGGAUAUGAAACAGGGGUACAUAUACAAGGAAACUAUAUAUCUACAGAAUGGAAUCAGUUUAUUACAGAAAAUAAAGGAAAUUUACCUGAUAUUCUUAAUGAUUUAUGUAAUUUUUUUGACUAUUCUGAUUUAGAUGAUGUUCAACAUUUUUGUACAACAUAUUCUCUCGCAGAACUAUGGAAUUUUUUCCUAAAUACAAAAAAAGAUAAGUAUAAAAUCCAAAUUCUAAAAAUCCUUUGCAAUGCAAUAAAUUAUAAGAACGAAAGCCUUUCUUUUCUCCAGCAAAGCGAGGUCAUCGAUAUAUUACUUCAAAAUCUCAAAGCUUCAAACGAAGAUUUAUGUGAUAUCACAUUGGGCGUUUUAUCUUCACUUUGCACCAUCAAUAAAGAAAUUAUACCAUAUCUUUUAUCCAAUGGGAUCAUUAAUUCCAUGAAGUUACUCUCAACAUUGCUGUAUUUUGGUUCAAUGUUGGUUAAUCUUGCAACAGUUCAAGGAGAGCAUGUAUUUGAUCUAAUAGAGUUAGCUUCUCUAUGUAUAGUUAGCGAUUAUUCAUCCAAUGUCAAGUCCGCAUUCACUGUUUUCGGACAAUUAUUAUCUUCAUACGAAAAUGAUGAUUUAUUAGUCAUUAAAGAGCGAAUAAUGAAAGAUAUCAAUGCAUAUAUUAAUAAUAUAUCAGAAAUAUCUGAUUCUUCAGCAGCAAAAGAAUUUUUUUUAUUAUUAAGUCUUUUUGAUGAAAUUCCACCUGAAUACUCACUUGUAAUAUCAACCAUAAUAAAUAAUUGCUUCGAACUCGACGAAGAAAAUAUUUCAAAAGCAAUUAAAUCUGGAAUUGAAAUCUUCAACCACUUUUACGACCAAUUUCCAUUAGAAGGAUGUUCCAAGUUCUAUGAAACAAUACUCAUUAUGUAUGAUAAGCUAAAUAUUCGAUGCAAGCACGAAAUUGCUCAAUUUUUAGUGAAUAGAUUUCCAUACCAAAAUAAUUUUGAAGAAAAAGUUUGCAGAAUAUUUGGAGAGUUCAUGGAUGAUCCAGAAAUAGGUGCAAAAUGUAUUUUUGCGUUCACAGAAAUGAUGGAAAAUUUCAAAGACAACGAAACAAUGUCAGCACUUAUUGUUGAAUAUUCUGACAAGAUAUUUGAUGGAAUAAAUAGCGAAGAUGAAAAUAUCCUCGAAGCUUCAAUUCAUUUCAUUGAUGUUUUGAAGAAAAUUCAGCAAUGA